GUCGGGGCGCUCAACGCGGCCCUCAUUGCCGUCGACUACGGGAUCCGCGGCUUUGCGCUGCCCGACGGCCGCCUGUGCCCCGCGGUCCCCGGCCGCGCAGACUACCUGCACGUGAUCGCCGACCUGCUCGCGGCCGACAACGGCGGCGGCGUGCCGCGCGGCCCCGCCGUCCGCGGCCUCGACAUCGGCGUGGGCGCCUCGUGCAUCUACCCGCUCCUCGGCCACGCAGAGUACGGCUGGUCCUUUGUCGCGAGCGACGUCGACGAGAGAUCCAUCUCGUCGGCGUCCGCCAUCGCGCGCGCCAGCCGCACGCCCGUGGAGCUGCGGCUGCAGCCGCGCGGCGAGCGCGUGCUGGCGGGCGUGCUCGGGCCGCUCGACGGCCGCGUCGCCUUUACGCUCUGCAACCCGCCCUUCUACUCGUCGGCCGCCGAGGAGGCCGCCGCCGCCGCGCGCAAGUGGAAGGGCCUGCGGAAGGGCCGCGCCGCGGGGGGCCUCGGCGGCGCUCGCUCCUUUGGCGGCAGCGACGGCGAGCUGUGGUGCCCCGGCGGCGAGCGGCGCUUCGUGACGGCGCUGGUCCGCGAGAGCGCCCGCGCGCCGCACGCCGCGCUCUGGUUCACCUCGCUCGUCUCGAGCGGCCGCUCGCUGCCCAAGCUGCUCGCGGAGCUCUCCAGGGCCUCGCCGGCGCGCGUGGAGCAGCUCGGCGUCGCGACCGGCAACAAGGCGAUGCGCGUGCUGGCGUGGAGCUUCCUCGAGGACGCGCAGCGCGGCGAGCGGCUGGCGGCCAUGCUCGGCGGCGGCGGCGGCGGCGGCGGCGGCGGCGGCGGCGGCGGCGGCGGCUCGGGCGCCACGCUUGAAAGCGGCCGGCCGGCGCCGCGCCGCCGCGGGGCGGCGCGGCGCUCGCCACGCACGGCGCCGGCCCUGCGGGCGACGCGGCGAGCGUGCGGCUUCGCGUUCGGCGGGGCGCUGUCCCUCGGCCGGCCAGAGCGCGCUCGCGCCGACCUCGCCUCUGCUGGCGCGGGUGGCCUGCCGCUCGUCGGCCGCUUCGAGCGGCUCCAGGGCGCCAACGCCUUCGUCGGCCGCUGGAGGCUCCGCUGCACCGACGGCCCGGCGGGCACGCUGAGCCUGCUGCGCGACGGCGACGUGGAGCUGCGCUCGGAGGCGGGCGAGCUGCUGGGCACGGGGGUCGCCCCGUGGACGUAUAGGCAGCGCGAAAAGGGCGCGUCGACGGUGCUCGUCCGCUUCUCGGUCGACGUCUCAGGCGGCGAGUGGGACGUGCUCUACUUCACGGGGGCAGUGGACGCGGAGGGAGGGCCCGGUCGGCGGCUCGAGGGAAGCCUCAGCACCGGCCUCGGCAGGAGGGCAGCCUGGGAACGGUGGCGGUCAGAGGCAAAGCCUGCGAGGGGUGGUGGAACCACAUGUCACGGCUACUGCCGGCUCGACCCCACGAUAGCCUCCGGAGGCUGA